UGGGAGCCGUAGCCCCGGUGCGGUGUGCGGGACCGCUGCCUGCCUGCCCGGGAGCCCCCAGCCACGCGACCCCCGCCCCGGCCCCGCGCCCGGCCCGCAUGGAGCUGCGAGCAGGAGACUCUUGGGGGAUCUUCACCUUCCUGUGCGCCGCGCUCUGCAACCUGCCGGCGCUGCCCGCCCUGAACUGCACGGAGGAGCUGGGUGCUGGCCAGUCCAUCCAGAAGACCUACGACCUGACCCGCUACCUGGAGCACCAGCUCCGCACCCUCGCCGGCACCUACCUGAACUACCUGGGUCCCCCCUUCAAUGAGCCCGACUUCAACCCCCCGCGGCUGGCACGUGCCGAGCGGGUGCCCAGUGCCACGGUGGACUUGGACCUGUGGCGAGGGUUGACCGACAAUGCCCGCCUGGCCGCCAACUACCGCGCCUACAGCCGGCUGCUCUGCUACCUGCGGGCGCUGGACGGGCAGGCGGGCACCGCCGAGCUGCGCCACCGCCUCGGCCACUUCUGCUCCAGCCUGCAAGGUUUGGUGCUCAGCAUCGCUGGUGUCAUGUCUUCCCUCGGUUACCCGCUGCCCGCCGGGCCUGCCGGGCCCCCUGCGCCCCCCGGGACCCCCAUUGCCCCGAAUGACUUCCUUAAGAAGAUGGAUGAUUUCUGGCUGCUGAAGGAGCUGCAGACCUGGCUGUGGCGCUCAGCCAAGGACUUCAACCGCCUGAAGAAGAAGGUGCCGCCUGCCGUGGUCACACUGCGCCUGGAGGCGAGGGGCUUCUGAGCCCACCCCCCCUCGAUGUCCCCCCCUCCCUGCCUCGCCGGGAUGGGGCUCCUCACCCCGAUGGGCCACCACACAUCCCCACUGCCAUCUCGCUGUGCCUUGCGGGAUGAGGCUCCUGAUCCCAAGUGCCACCAAAUACCACCCCACAUCCCCCCCUCCAUCACCAGUGUGCCUUGAGAAAUGGGGCUCCUCACCCCAAGUGCCACCAAAGACCACCCCACAUCCCCCCCUCCAUCACCAGUGUGCCUUGAGAAGUGGGGCUCUGGACCCCAAGUGCCACCAAAGCCACCCAUGUCUCCUCUCCAUCACCAGUGUGCCUUGAGAAAUGGGGCUUCAGACCCCAAGUACCACCAAAGCCACCCACAUCCUCCAUCACCAGUGUGCCUUAAGAGAUGGGUCUCCUGACCCCAAAGUGUCACCAUAGCUACCCCACAUACUCGUCAUCACCUUGCAGUUCCUUGAGAGGUGGGUCUCCUGACCCCAAACUGCCACCAAAGCCACUCCACAAUCCCGCCAUCACCACACUGUGCCUUAAGGGACAGGGCUCCUGACCCCAAAGUGCCACCACAGCCACCACACACCCCCUCUGUCACCAUGCUGUGCCUUAAGGGACUGGGCUCCUGACCCCAAAGUACCACCAAAGCCACCCAUAUCCCCUCUCCAUCACCAGUGUGCCUUGAGAAAUGGGGGUCCUGACCCCAAAGGGCCACCAAAGCCACCCCAUGUCCCCAGCACCUGUGCCCUGAGGCCAGGGUUGGUGCCACCACGGUGUCACUAGUGCCAUGAUGUGCCCGCCCCCCCGGGGGUGCCCUCUCAGGACUGUCUCCACACCCAUGGGGCUGGGGAGGGCAGCAGGCUCCUCCCCCUGCCCCAAGGCACAGAUAAGCCCCACCCCUACGGGUUCCAGAGUCGGUGCAAGCCCCGCCCACCCUUGAGAAGGACCAAGCCCCUCGAACAUAGGAAUAAGCCCUGCCCCAUGGCAAUAAGCCCCGCCUCCUCCCUACAACAGGCCCCGCCCUCCCGUGGAUCAAGCCACCUCCUCCGUUUUGCAGCAACCCUGCGGCUCGGGGGCGGGGCUCUGGGCCUCAGGGGCGUGGCUAGGGGCGGGGCCACUGUCCCACCACGUCUAUGAGUGUUUAUUUAUUGGAGAUGUUAUUUAUUGGGGUAUUUAUUGCAGAAGAUCUAUUCUUGUAUGAACGAAUAAAAGCCUUUCUCCAGCGCCCCCGCCCCACCCGCGCCACACGGCGGGGGGGCCCAAGGAGCCGAUGGUGCCAUCAGUAGGGGCCAGAGUGAACGGCCCCAGGCUCUGAGCUCAGUGUGGGGAUCGGGGUGUCGCCUGCUGUGUGGGACGGUGGCAGGGUGGGGAGCCAAGACCCCCCCAAGCCCAGGUAACCCCAUCUUAUGCCCCUCCCUCCAGUCAUGCCUCCCCUGCCCCUUGGCACCCUGAGCCCAGGGCACCCCCCACCCUGGGAGCAUGCAGCCCCCCCCAGGCACUGGUACCCCUUUCCU